AUGGACCUUCUCGUCUUCAAUUCUUGGCACUGGUGGGUUCACAAAGGAGUACAAUCCCAAGGGUGGGAUUUUAUCAGAGAUGGGUCUUCAUUGUUGAGAGACAUGGACCGUCUUGAUGCUUUUAACAAAGGACUAACCACUUGGGCACAAUGGGUUGAUCAAAAUGUUAAUAUUUCGCAAACCCGAGUUUUCUUCCAAGGCAUAUCUCCUACUCACUACAUAGGAAGGGAAUGGAAUGAACCGAGGAAGACUUGCAACGGGCAGAUGCAACCGUUGAGCGGAUCAACCUAUCCAGGCGGUUCACUUCCUGCAGCGAGCAUCGUAUCUCGAGUGUUGAGCUCGAUGAAAACACCUGCUUACUUACUCGAUAUCACAACUCUGUCUCAAUUGAGAAAAGAUGCUCAUCCAUCUACCUAUGGAGGUGAUGGAGGAACAGAUUGCAGCCACUGGUGCCUUCCUGGCUUGCCAGAUACUUGGAACCAGCUUCUCUAUGCAGCUCUUUCGAUGUGA